ACAGAAUAGUAACAAAUUCACAAUUCACAACACACAGCCCCCACUCAGCAUCUUCUUUAUUUAGAGCAAAGGAAUUCGAUCAUCGCCGAAAACCAAGGCGAAAGUGAGAGAGAGAAAAAAAAAAGAAUCCCAACAAAGAUGUGCUGUGGAGAUGGCGAUUGUAGGCCAUUGGGCUUCUUGCUCGGCUUGCCUUUUGCAUUCGUUUCUCUUAUUCUUUCCCUGGUCGGCGUAAUUAUCUGGAUUGUCGGAUUGACGCUUUCUUGCAUAUGUCCUUGUUGCUUGUGCUUGACGGUGAUAGUGGAGCUAGCGUUGGAGCUGAUCAAAGCCCCAAUUCAUGUCAUGCAGUGGUUUACUUCCCAGAUUCCUUGUUGAUUGUUCAUAAAGGGAAGCGGGAGAAGCUUUAAAGUGUAAGUAUCUUAUCUUUGUUCUGUAAAAUUUGCGUUUGAUAUGAACAUGUAGCUUUGGGAUUUCCCGUCUCUGAUUGAUUAGGAUUUUUUUUUUCCUUCCUGUUUUUGUUUCUUUAGCUUCACUGAAAUGGGCUUCCAUUGAUUGUUUGUGACAUCAAUAAUCAAUAUAGAAUCAAAGUUGUCUUUUUACCGUAUUUCUGAAUGAAAGUUCUGUUCCCU